AUGGAAUGGCCCAACAUUCACUCUGCCAAACUCGGUGAAUUUGAGACUUCAUGGAACUAUGUUUUUCAUCACGCUCAUUUUCCACGAAUUGAGGGCUACAAAUAUGGGGAGCGUGCAGGGUAUGAAGAGGAAAGGGAAAUGAGAAUUGGCAACUAG